AUGGAUAGCCACCCCCUGCUUGCCGAGGCCGAGGAGGCCAUCGCCACCAGCCCGCUGGUGACUGCGGUGUGGUGGGUGAUGGUCUCCCUGCCCAUGCCGCUGGUCAACUUCGUCCACAGCCUCUACCUGUGCUACUCGAUGCGGCUGACCCUCGCCACCGUGCGCCCCCUGCCCUGGCUGCUGUCGCUGGCGCUCGCCAUGGGCUCCUGCCUCAUCGGGGCCACCACGCGCUACGUGCUGCUGGGCAAGCGGGCCGAAUGGCUCGCCUCGGACACCGCCCUUCCCACCUACUUCCUGGCCUGGCUCGCGAUGACUGUGUUGGAGAUGGUGCACAAGGCUCGGACCAUCACUGGAGCCGUUGACCUCACCGUCAAGACAUUCGCCGAACCGGUCUGGGUGGGUCCGAUUGUCAUUGGCGCCCUAUCUAGCUGCACGGGUAGCUUCUACCGGGUGAUUGUCGAGCGCGUCAUGCUCGGCGACAAUGGCUCCACGGAGUUCACCAAGCCUACCAUUCUGGGCCUCAAAAUGGGCGUCUACCUCUCUCUCUUCUACUAUUUCAGCACAGAUCCCUACGGUGUCUUCUUCAGCGCGCCCUGGUUAUCGAAGGAGGUGGCCACGCUGAUCAUGAUGUACUACCUCAUCGCGACCGGACUGACCGUGGUCCUGCUGGGCCCCAUCGCGCCCUUCCCCGUCAACCUGCUCGAGCGCAUCCUGCCCUCGCACCUGAUCGCCGGCCACCCGUUCAACGAUCUCAACGUCCUGCCGCCCCCGGUCUACUACCCCGGCAAGGCGCGCAUUGCCGAGGCCCGCGAGGCCAUGAUCAAGCGCCACAACGUGCUGCCAAGCUUGAGCAAGAGCAAGAGCAAGGCCAAGGCCAAAAAGUACGCCGACGAAGACGAAGACAAGUACGCCAACUACGCCAAGGAAUUCAAGGAAUCCAUGGAUGUGAAGGACGCCAAGGAUGUGUAA